AUGUUUUUAAAGGGUAUUUCCAAGUUUCGCAUGAUAUCCAUGAAGGGAAUCUUUACUCGAUGGUACUCGCACUCUCAAAAAGUGGCCAAUCUGGGGUUUAUCACUGAUUAUUUAGUUGAUAGAGGUGUACCAAAUCUUCUACAAGAAAUGUUUAAGGAGUCUGUGUUAGCGGAAAACAUUGUUCUCAGACUGUUCCCAACUUCGCAUCCAUAUAUCCCGGCAUUGCAUGGGAAAUCAAAGUACAAGGCUUCUUUAAAUGCAAUGCGAAUGAUAGUACGGAAGUUCAUAUUGGGUGAAGAAUGUCGCUUGCACAUAAGUUCAGUGAAGACUUUAUUGUCGGAAACUCAUGGUGGAGAAGCAAAAACUAAUCUUCAAAACUAUAACACCAUAACAUGCAACGAUAAAAUAGUUGUUAAAUGGCAAAGUUGUGUACCAGAGGACCAUUGCAAGAUUUCCAAAUUGGAGAUUAAUGACAAAUUGAAGGAGAAGAAACAAGGGAGUGGGAGCGACAAUACGUUUUCGAUGCGAUCAGUCCCGGUCAUAGACUACAUUUUACAUCCUGCUGUCAAUGAUAUAAAUCAAAGUGUUAUUUCCGAAUACAUCGAGUGUGCAAUGGAAAAGUCAGUACAAAAAAACACCAACAAAACAGAUGAAGACGAAAAAAGUGAAGGCGCUAGUAAAAAGAAUAAAAAGAAAAAAUUGUCACGGCUGAUUAGAGGAACGUUUAUAUUCGAGUUCAAUGAAGAAAACUCUAGGAUUUUGGUUCAUACCAUUGAGGAUGUUGAACUAAUUCAUUACGAGAAAAGAAUUACCACUCGUGGUGCCUUUGCAUGUUAA